CAAAAGGAAGAAAUAAAACGAAGGCCUCUAUAUAAACUUACCUACCAUUCACUGAUGACCAGGGUUGACAUUUUAGUCUAUACACAGGUCUAAUCUUUUUAUCUUAAACAUGUGCAAGUUUUCAAAACAUCAAACCCCCAUACUACAGGUAAAGACGUGCAACUGUCUUUCAUUUAGAGAAAUUUGUUUAUUUUUCUGCUGCUGCCUCUUGGUGCCUGAGUGUGGCUCUGGAACUCGUGUGAUUCUCAUGAGCUCCCACAAACGGAGGCACCACCCUCCACUCAGCAGUUUCUAUAGGCAAACACUGCGAAACGCUGCGUACAUAAUGCAUUUCUAGAGCGCUGCAUAGGGUGAGAAGCGCGCCCUUUGUCUCCAAGGUCAUAAUGGCUCUGCUGACUUGAAUUCCUUUCACUGAGCUAGUAAGGACAACUCGAAAAUGCCAGAGAGAAUGAGAGCCCCCUACCCCAUGAUCCCAAAUGAAAAAGCGAGAGAACACAGAAAUCCCCUUACACAUUACCCCCCAGGCCCCUUUUGUGUUGUUCUUGCCAACACAGCAGCCAUCCUGCUGUAUAUAUAUCAGCUGCCACUCCUGUCCCCAUCACACUCAACACUGACCAUUUGCUGUCAACAACGAUGGGAAAGGUGAGCCAAGGGCGAACCCUCCAGGUCUGUUGAGUGCCCCCUCUGUGUGGGGGAUGCGCCUUCCGGUUAACCAUGUGUUGUUACCCCUUCUCCUUUACAGAUCACCUUCUACGAGGACCGCGGCUUCCAGGGCCGCUGCUAUGAGUGCAGCAGCGACUGCCCCAACCUUCAGACCUACUUCAGCCGCUGCAACUCCAUCCGCGUGGACAGUGGCUGCUGGAUGCUCUAUGAGCGCCCCAACUACCAGGGCUACCAGUACUUCCUGCGACGCGGGGACUACCCCGACUACCAGCAGUGGAUGGGUUUCAGCGACUCCAUUCGCUCCUGCCGUUCCAUUCCCUAUACCAGCUCUCACAGGAUAAGGCUGUACGAGAGAGAUGACUACCGGGGCCUUGUGUCUGAGCUCACGGAAGACUGUUCCUGCAUCCACGACUGCUUCCGCCUCAACGAGAUCUACUCCAUGCAUGUGCUAGAAGGCAGCUGGGUCCUCUAUGAGAUGCCCAACUACCGAGGCCGCCAGUACCUGCUCAGGCCUGGAGACUACAGGCGCUACCACGACUGGGGCGCAAUGGAUGCCAAAGUCGGCUCUCUGAGACGGGUCAUGGAUUUGUACUAAGCCCCAUUUUGCUUGUUACAACACACACAUGCAAUAAAUAUACAACUUGUGUUCCUGGCA